AUGUCUACCACUAAUAAUAUUGCCCAGGCCAGGAAACUGGUGGAACAGCUGAGGAUUGAGGCAGGAAUUGAACGAAUCAAGGUGUCUAAAGCAGCAGCAGACCUGAUGAGUUACUGUGAGCAGCACGCUCGUAGCGACCCUUUACUGGUUGGGGUGCCCACUUCUGAGAAUCCCUUCAAGGACAAGAAACCUUGCAUUAUCCUAUAG